CAUUACCUGUGAAGCAGUGUCUGUGUCACAGAUUAAUGUAUAAGAAAUAAUUUUUUGUGAGUGGAGAGCCUAUUAUGAAUGAAGAUAAAUAUGUUGUUGAAGGAUUGUAUGGUGUAUAUUUACUGUAUUGCACAAAUCCGGAAUAUGAAGGAAGAACGUAUAUCGGAUAUACAGUAGAUCCGAACAGAAGAAUUAAACAACAUAAUAGAGGCACACAUUCUGGAGGAGCUAGGCGAACAAAUAAUCGAGGGCCUUGGGAAAUGGUCUUACUUGUUUAUGGCUUCCCGAAUGAUAUAUCAGCCUUAGGGUUUGAAUGGGCUUGGCAACAUCCUGAUCGUUCACGUCGUUUAAGACAUGUUACAAAGAAGAAGCAUCAUGAAAAAAUGUACGAUUUCCACUUGCGUGUCUUGUCAGAGAUGUUACGAGUGGGACCUUGGAACCGGCUAGCUUUGACCAUUCGCUGGCUGAAACAAGAAUUUGCUCGAGAAUUUCCUAGUGACCUCUCCCCACCACGUCACAUGCCCAUAGCAUAUGGUCCUGUUAUAAGUAAGAAAAUUGGUCAGUCGCAAGGCACCACUUCGCAGACAUCUGUUCAAGAUGAUGAUAAGUGUCUUUGCUAUUUUUGUUAUGAAGUAGUUUGCCAGUCUGAGAAAAUUACAUGCAUUUCUCCAGGAUGUUUACUAGCAGCACACGUCAUUUGCCUUGCGAAAGUGUUCCGCAAGGGCAGCUUUAUUAUAGCAGUAGAAGGACGUUGUCCAGAAUGCGACGCACAUAUUCUCUGGGGAGACUUGGUGCGUAAGAUGAGAGGUUGUUACAGUAAUCUUACAUCAAGUGGUACUGAUUCUCGUGCACAUUGUGACUGAAAGAAUGUAGGCAUCACAUUCUUUCCAGACCUUUCUUUUCUAAAAUAAUAGAAACCGUCACUGAUCAGAGUUUUAUAAAUUUGUAUUUUAAGUACCACAUUUACCAUUGUUUUGUGUUAUAUUUUUGGUGGUCAUGUCAAGUCAGAUUUGUAUGUUUGUGGCAGGGCUGUGGAGUCAGUACUAAAAACUCCGACUCCGACUCCUUCAUGAAAGCUCAAUAUGUAUUAAUAAUGGUAAACCUACUAAAAUGGUAAAUGGUACCACAAAAUAUUUCAUCACCACCACG